CAGAGUAAUAAUGGUACCGUAAUGAUGGCAGCGCAAAUAUUUUUACGUAAGGGGCAAAUGGAUGGCAAAAGAGGUGCUGCAAGUUAUUUCAAGAGUCAUUGUCAUCGUGAAAGUGGACUCCAACAGCUGAAUGAAUUGCUAGAUACAAUACUUGAUCCAACUAAGCCGAUCAAUGACUGGGAAACGAUUGACUGGUGUCGUUGGCUGAUGGCUGGCGGGCAAACUCCUGAUGAUUUUGCAAAAACAGUGCGCCUGUAUGACAAUGCCACUACCUGUGGUCUGGUAUGGACAUCUAACUUUGUUGCCUACCGUUGUCGGACAUGUGGCAUAUCACUAUACAUGUCAUUAUGUGCAGACUGCUUCAGAGCUGGAAACCAUGAAGGACAUGAUUACAACAUGUUCCGAAGUCAAGCAGGUGGUGCCUGUGAUUGUGGAGAUCCCAGUGUCAUGAAAGAGGAAGGGUUCUGUCCGAGACACGGUCCAAGCAAAGAUGAUAAUAGUCCGUGUAUACCAGAAGACUUGCUGGGUGUUGCUGAGGCCAUGAUGCCAAGAAUCACCUUGAGGCUCGUGCAGUAUCUGAGAGCUCAGCAUGCGAAAGCUGAUGAUCUAGAUUCACAUCUCAUCGCAAUAAAAGAUGUGGAGGUUUUCCUGACUUUCCUGCACACACUAAGUGAUAUGGGGGCAGCAAUGCAAAGAAAACUCAUACAUGCAUUAAUCAAUCCACUAAUUUACAAGAAUUUGACAGAAGAAACGAAUCCGUACAUGAAAGAGAGUCAGGCACAGUUUUCAGCUGUUGUGGCAAGCAUGGUGAAACCAGUUUUCGUAAUUGGCAUCGACUUUCAAGACAAGUUGGAGUACAAGACCUUUCUGGAUGAGCUCACACUCUGGACAGUAAAGUAUGAAUUUCCGCAGAAGCUGGUUACUUUGCUGCUCAAUAUGCUCACAGAGAACGACUACAAGAUUCUGAUGAGAGCAGCUUUGAUCAGACUGUCAACUGCGCAGAGAAAGUGAUGAAGGAGCACUGCUAUUGGCCACUAGUCAGUGAUCUGAUCAAUGUCCUCUCACACAAAGCGGUGUCCUUUCUAUUCAUGAGUGAUGCUAAACUACUCGAGAUGUGGUUUGAGCUAGUAACAUACUUUCAAGCGAUGAAUAUGAACCAGCGUGAGCGUGUGCAUCAUGUUGAGUAUGAGCCAAACACAUACUAUGCUUCAUUCUCUGCGGAGUUGGAAGCAUGCUCAUCCCCUCUCUGGGUGCUUGCUGGUCAUCUGAGGACACCCGUUUCAUUCUACGAGAUAUUCGCUAGCAUGUGGGUACGAAAUGGGCUACAGAUAAAAGGCCAGGCAAUGACCUAUGUCCAGUGUCAUUUCUGCAAUUCUUUGGUCGACCCUGACAUAUUUAUGUUGCAGGUCUGUGCAUGCAAGUUAGACCCCGACAAAUACCUAAGUAAAGUUAUAGAAAAGUUCCAUACUGAGGAUUGGCUGGCAUUCAGGAAAGAGCGAAGUAAAAAUGCUUUCCUGGAGAAAGAGAAAGAUCUACCAUUAAUGGAGGGAAUGCUAACGUUCCUUGCCCAGCUUCUCACAAUCAGGCUUCACCUCGGUAGUUAA